AUGUUGUUCUCACGCCUCUUUUCAGUUGGUAUAUUGGCUGCUGGAGGAGUGCAUGCUCAAUCAACUUCAGAUACCACUUCAAGUUCGAGUUCCAAAUCUAACACGGAUUCUACUUCAUCGGCAACAGAUACCACUGUGUUAACAGGAUCUGAGGCUCGGACGCCUACAGGAUCUUAUCUUUCUUACUCGUCCACAAUUACCCUUUCAACAUCUUCAUCGGCUGUAUCGACUGAAGCUGUGGUUUCCACCUCAACUGGUAAAACCACCACACACACAACCACUCUUGGAUCAACCACAAUUUAUGCAAUUGGUACCGAGACAUUAACAGGAAAUGUAACGGAAUCAACCAGUACCGCCACACAAAUCGUAUUGACAGGAGGAGGAAGACAUUCCACCACCACCAGCGCCAUCAAUGGAACAUCCAAUUCGACCGCAACAUCGACCUCCAGCUCCGCCAUCACAACCAACACGACCCCCUGCAACAACUAUGUAGAAUUCUGCGACCGCAGCUACGGAAACAUCACCGAAGUAUCCGCGCACAACUCCCCCUUUGUCCGAACCGGCAACGCGGCCGCCAAUCAACAAUUAGACGUCACGACGCAACUCAACGAUGGAGUGCGAUUAUUACAAGCGCAGAUCCAAUGGAAUGGAAGCAUCCCUCAUUUCUGCCACACCUCCUGCGACAUUCUCGACGCCGGGCCCAUCACCGAGUAUCUAGGCGACGUCUACAACUGGGUUAUCGCCCACCCCUUCGACAUCGUCACGAUCCUCCUCGGAAACGGCAACUAUUCACAAAUCGACGCUUAUAUCCCCUUCCUCGAGCAAACCGGGCUUCAAAACUACGCCUACGUGCCCCCCAAAAUCCCCAUGGCUCUCGACGACUGGCCUACCCUCGCCUCUAUGAUCUUAUCCGGCAAACGCGUCGUUAUGUUCAUGGAUUACAACGCCAACCAAACUGCUUACCCAUGGGUCCUGGAUGAAUUUUCCCAAAUGUGGGAAACGCCUUUCGAUCCCACGGAUCGCUCGUUCCCCUGCACACCGCAACGCCCACCUAAUCUCAGCGAUGUGGAUGCAAAGAGCCACUUGUAUAUGACGAACCAUAAUCUAAAUUACGAUAUUAAUCUCCUAGGCAUCUCGCUUCUGGUGCCGUAUCAGAAUCUUCUAAAUGUGACGAAUAAUGUCACGGGUUAUGGGUCUCUGGGAGAAAAUGCAGCGCAGUGUGUGCAAGACUGGGGGUUUCCGCCUAAAUUCCUUAAUGUGGAUUUUUAUAAUGUGGGUAAGGGGAGUGUGUUUGAGGUGGCGGCGAAGUGGAAUAAUGUUACGUAUGAGAGGGAGUGUUGUGGGUUGGUGGCUAGUAUGGCGGGGAGGUUGGAGGGCGUGGGGAGGAGUGCGGGGUUGGUGGUUUUGGGUGUGGUGGGGGUGGUUUGGUUGGGGUUGUGA